AUGACCUCGAUCCCUCCCAAGUCAGGCCUUCAACCUCAAGGACAGAGCACCUCCACUCAGGCCGCCUCCUCCUCUCACGCCUCUUCCCCCUCGCUCAGUGGGAAAUCCUCGCCUCUUCCGCCGGCCUCGAACAGGUCGUACGCCUCCGCCGCCACCAAGAAGUCCGCGACGGACUCGACCGCCGCUCCCGUCACCGUGGGCGGCCCAGCGCAACAUGGGAAGUCGACCUCAGCAUCUCCUGUGAGCGGCAAACCCAUGCAGCAGUCCCAGUCGACUCCCGGCGUCACCAUCGUCAAUGGCGCCCCGGCCCAAGGCGAUCACUCGCGCAAACCAUCCGUGACCAUCACCUCGGCCGGCACCUCGGGCAACUUCCCCAACGGCGGUGCCAACUCUCGUCCCAAUAGUCUGCAGUUCGGCUUCGCCAACCAGCAGACCUCUCCCAACCUGGGCAACCCGGCCGUUCUGGCCAACCAGCCUCAGUCCGGCCUCGCGGUCUCCCCCAAUAUGAACCCUCGCGUCACCUCGCCUCAGACCUCGCCUUCGCCCAUCCCCCAGCCUGCCUCCAGCGGUGGCCGGCCACCGCCAUCUUCAUACCAGUCCCAGGGCAACGUGCCGAACUUUGGUAGCUUUGGUGAGGCCGGCGAUAACGAGAAACCGCGGAGAAUGCCCCAGCAUAGUCCCCCCUUCUUGGCAUACCCCGACAUGAGCAACCACAUGGGUAGUGGUCCGGGUCGUGGUGGUUACCCCCAUCAGGGAGGCCGUGGCCGCGGAUACUCCCAGUCCGGCUAUCAGGGCCAGAUGCCCUACUCGCCUGGUCCCAACUUCCGCUCGCCUAACCAGCCGCGCGGUGGUCCCAACAUGGGCCCCCAGUUCCACGGCCCUAACCAGGGUCGUCCGAUUCCGCCUUUCCCCAACUCCCCCCAGGCCAGCCGCAGCCCGGGUCUCGCCACAGCCCAUCCUGCGACGCCGCAGAUGAACCCGGUGGCCAUGACGCACCCCCAGAUGGCUCCCCAGCCUUAUGGCACCUACCCGCCCCAUAUGACUCCCCAAACUGCGGCCCCCUAUUACGAUCCCACCUACGGCUACUACCAGCCCGGCUACAUGGGCGGUUUUAUGCCUCCCUCGCCGCAACCGCGUCCCGGAAUGCCCUUCAACCCCCAGGCUCAUUACAUGCAAGGGCAGUAUCCCGUGCAGUCCCCCGCCCAGGCCCCGUCGCUGUCUCGCACGCCCUCGCAAGUGUCGAACGAUCGCCCCGGUUCCAGCCUCGGCCAGGGUCAGCCUCCCGCGGGUCCCCCUGCCCCAGGCCAUGCGCACACGGCCAGCCGUUCCUCGAACAGCCCCGCGCCGGGCAAGUCCUCUCACUUUGUGAUCCCCUCUAACAAGAAGAGUCCCCUCAUCAUCAAGGAUCCUAGUGGUGCCGUGAAGACCUUCGACAAGGCUCCCGCUUCGCCCUCGCGGGCCGCGCCUUCCCCCCGGAUCGAGCAGGAGGAAGCCGAGCAGCGUCGCAAGAAGGAAGAAGAGGAACGGAAGCAGAAGGAGCAAGAGGAAGCCUCCAAAAAGCAGGCCGACGAGGCCGAGUCGGCUCGCAAGGAGCUGGAGAACCUCAGCCUGAAGGACAACAAGACCGAGGAAGCCAAGCCUGCCGAGAAGGAGGAACCCAAGGCUCCAGAGCCCGCUCCUGCCGACGAGGACGAGAUCGACUACGACGCGAUCGAGCGCGAGAUGGCCGAAAUCGAGGCGAAGGAACUGGAGGCCGAGCGUGCCUACUACGCCAAGAAGCAGGCCGAGAAGGAGGAGAAGGAGCGCAAGGAAAAGGAGGAGAUGGAGGCGUACGAGGCUAAUAUGAAGAAGGCGGAGGCCGAAGCGGAAGCCCUCGAGGAAGAGCGCGAGCGCAAGCGCCAGGCGGGUCAACAGGACGACAGCAGCAAGGAGCUCUUUGCUUCUCUGCGGAAGGGUGGAUGGCAACCCAGCGAGGUCAGCACUCCCGCCGACAGCGGUACUGCCACCCCUACCUCGGAGGCGUCGAUGGGCCCGCCCCCCAAGCCCACCAGCGCCACCAAGCGUGAGAAGCCCGCCGCGCUCAAGUUGGAGACCAGCAAGAGCGUCGAGCCUCCGCAGCCCAGCGCGGCCAUGAAGUCGCUCCACUCCGCUCGCUUCGUCGACGACCUCAGCAAGAUCACCUACCCUGCCUCGAUCGUUUCCCCCAACCCCGCUCUCAACGCCAACGCGCCCGCCGACCGGAAGUUCCACUACAACAAGGAGUUCUUGCUGCAGUUCCAGAACGUGUUCAAGGAGAAGCCGUCCAUCGACUGGGACGCCCGCGUGCGCGAGACCGUCGGCGACAGCGACUCAUCCCGUCCGGCGUCCGCUCGCACUCCCAUGAAUGGCCGCAACCCCUCGCGGGGUGGUGGUGGUGGUGCCACCCAGGCUCCUUUCCAGAUGGGCUACUUUACACAGUCGACCGGCCGUUUGCCCUCGGGGACGAGCUCGGAACAGCGAUUUGCCCUGUCGAAUGCCGCCCGCGCUGCGACGAUGAAUUCGUUUAGCGCUUUCGGACGAUCUGGUCUGGGCAUGGGAUCUCCUUCUGUCAGCCGUUCUAGUUCUGCUAACGCAAUGCAUCCAGGCAUGCCUCCUUCCCCUCGCGUUGGGUCCAGCAACCGUUCCGGCACUCGGACCGGCAGCAAGCGCGACAAGCACCAGGCCAAGAAGGAAGAAGACAUGGCCAAGUCCAUGCCUCUUACCGCCGGAAAGGAUGUCGCCCCGAUUCAAAUCUCCGCCACCGGCUGGAAGCCGCGCAGUAUCGGCCAGGCUGCGGCUGCGGCUGGCCCUACUCCUGGCGGCCAUAUGCCUCCCGAUGUGGUGCAGCGUAAGGUCAAGGCCGCUCUCAACAAGAUGACCCCGGAGAACUUCGACCGUAUUUCCGGCCAGAUUCUGGAGAUCGUUUCCCAAUCCAAGGACGAGUCGGACGGACGGACAUUGCGUCAGGUCAUCCAACUUACCUUUGAGAAGGCGACCGACGAAGCCCACUGGGCUUCCAUCUAUGCCAAGUUCUGCAAGCGUAUGCUUGAGAGCAUGAGCAUGGAAAUCAAGGACGAGAACAUCCGUGACAAGAAUGGCAACGUGGUGGCCGGUGGCAGUCUGUUCCGCAAGUAUCUCCUCAACCGUUGCCAGGAAGAGUUCGAGCGUGGUUGGAAGGUCAACUUGCCUCCCAAGCCCGAGGGCCAGACCGAGGAGGCCGCCAUGAUGUCCGACGAGUAUUACAAGGCUGCCGCCGCCAAGCGGCGUGGUCUCGGUCUCGUCAAGUUCAUCGGUGAGCUUUACAAGCUGGGUAUGCUGACGGAGCGUAUCAUGCACGAGUGUGUCAAGAAGCUCGUCGACUACGAAGGUGUUCCGGAGGAGGCCGAGGUUGAGAGUUUGACCAGUCUCCUCCGCACGAUUGGUGCUAGUCUGGAUGCUUCCGAGAAGGGGCACACCAUGAUGGACGCCUACUUCAACCGCAUCCAGCUCAUGAUGCAGAUCGAGGGCUUGCCCAGCCGUCUGAAGUUCAUGCUCAUGGAUAUUUGCGAUCUGCGCCGCGCCCGUUGGGUCUCCAAGGACAGUGACAAGGGUCCCAAGACCAUCCAAGAGAUCAGAGAAGCUGCUGCCCGCGCCCAACAAGAGGCCGAGAUGGAGCGUCUGCGUCAACAGGCCAACCGCGGUGGUCGCCCGGCGAUGGGCCGCGGCGAUGCUCGCAGCUACUCUAGUGGCUACGGCCAGGCCCCCCCGCAAGAUUUUGCCUCCAGCAAAGUUGGGAGUGACGACCUCCGUCGCCUGCGGACGACCCGGAACACGACUCAGCCCAUGUCGUUCGGUCCCUCCAGCAUGCUGGGCUCCCGCAGCAGCAGUGGUCGCAAGAACCUUGGCCCCGGUGGCAACCUGGUUCGUGGUAGUGACGACAGCGCUGCUAGCAGCCGUACUGGCACUCCUCCUGCCAAGAAGGAAGAUAAGGAGGCCGCCUCAUCGAUCAAUGCAUUCAGUGCUCUGGCCAGCUUGGAAGACCGGGAUAACAUGGCGACGUCUCCUCCGUCGAACCCUACCUCCCCUCUGAUGAGCAAGUCGCAACCCGCGGUUGAGCGCCGACCAUCCAAGACCCCGUCCAAGGACGGCGAGGAAGCAUCAUAG